AACGUGGGCCAUGGAAAUGUUUGCAUACAACUCUGCAAAACACGGAUAUUUUAAGAUAUAUAUUUAUGGUUAAAACUUGAAAAAAAAAUUGAAACUCAAUACCCAAUAUCGUUAUACGAUUGUGUUUAAAGGACCGGCGAAGACGUCAUAACUGGGCGACCAGUGUUUCGCGCACAUGCGCGUGUCGCCAGCUCCAAUGCCCACACGUGAGAUCGACGCGUUCCUUCCAGACCUAACGUGGUGAAGAUGGCGGAGAAUAAAUCAGUCCCCAGCGAUCUUUACAAAUCCGUGUACUCCUUUCUGCUGGAAAACAAAUUCGCCAAGGCGGCCCAGCAGUUUCUGAAGCAGACUAAAGUGAACCCGCAGGAUGAAAAUGAGGAGAGAUUACUCGACAUCUACAACUUUUGGGCAAAGUCUCCCGAGGCAAAGAAACGAAAGGCAAUUCCCGGCUCUGCUAAAGCCACCAACGGACCUGCCGCAAAGAAAGCGAAGGGUGCUGCAGAAAGCUCCAGUAGUGAAGACUCCAGCGAUGAGGAGGUGGAAGCGGCUGCCGCUAAGACCACCCCGGCAGUUGUGAAGGCUGUGCCUGCUAAAGCUGCAGCUGCCAAAGCCGCAUCGAGCAGCAGCGAGGAUUCCAGUGAGGAUGAGGCUCCACCUGCAAAGAAAGCUGCUAAGGCCACACCUGCUAAGGCCACACCUGCAAAGGCUCCAGCCCCGACUCCCGCGGUAGCAGCAGCAGCCAGGAAGAAGGACGCCAGCUCCAGCAGUGAGGAGUCUGACUCUGAGGAUGAGAAGGCCCCCAAAGCCCCCGCCACCAAACCGAAGGCUGCAGCAGCCACAACACCGAAGGCUGCUGUGGCGGCUAAAGCGACACCGAAAAAGAAGGAAAGCAGCAGCGAGGACAGCUCUUCAGACUCUGAGGACAAGGAACCCGCCAAGGCUGCAGUCAAGCCGGCGCCUAAGAAGCCUGCAGCACCUGCUAAACCCGCUGCCGUCGCUGCAAAAUCUAGCAGCGAGGACUCGUCGGAGGAGGAGGCGGCUCCUCCCGCCAAGAAGCCCAAAGCAGGAGCGUACAGCGCUGUCCCGCCACCUGCUCCCGCCGUCGCAGCAGCAGCAGCCGCCCCCCCACCCAAGGCCAAGGACGACAGCUCUUCAGACAGCAGCGACGAGGAAGAGGCGGCACCAGCUAAACCGGCCCCCGUCAAGACCACCCCGGCCAAACCCAAAACCCCUGCGAAGAAGGCGGCCAGCUCUGACAGUUCAGACUCCAGCUCUGAUGAAGAGGAAGUGAAGAAGAAGCCCGUAGCCAAAAAGACCCCAGUGAAGACUACCCCGGCUAAGGCUGCUCCUGCGAAGGAAGACUCUUCCUCAAGUUCCGAGGAGGAAGAGGAGGUGAAGAAGACCCCAGCAAAGGCGACUCCUGCUAAAGCCGCCGCAGCUAAACCUGCGCCGGCUAAAGCCACACCUGCUAAAGCCACGCCCGCUAAAGAGUCUUCCUCUGAAGACUCCAGCUCAGAUGAAGAGGAGGCGGCGGCGGCAGUGAAAAAGCCCGUGGCCAAGGCCACUCCAGCGAAGACCCCGCCGGCCAAGGCGGUCCCCGCGAAGAAGGACUCCUCCAGCGAAGACAGCAGCUCUGAAGACGAGGCCCCAGCUAAGCCCGCUGCUAAGCCCGCUGCCAAGCCUGCAGCCAAGCCUGCCAAGCCCGCCGCCACCUCCACGCCCAAAGCCCCGGCCAAGGCGGCAGAGAGCAGCUCAGACUCGUCAUCCGAAGAGGACGAGCCUGCAAAGGCUAAACCAGCCUCCAAGCCCGCCACGCCUGCCGCCGCCAAGCCUGCUGCCGCCGCCAAGCCCGCCGCCGCCGCCAAGCCUGCUGCAGAGAGCAGCUCUGACUCGUCCUCUGAGGAUGAAGCUCCUGCUAAGGCCAAGGCCAAGCCCGCAGCGGCUAAACCAGCGGCCUCCAAGCCGGCCACCCCGGUAGCAACGCCAGCUGCUGCUGCAGAGAGCAGCUCCUCUGAGGAGGAGGAAGAGGCGGCCAAGCCUGCGGCCAAGUCACCUGCAGCCAAGUCACCUGCUGUGGCCAAGCCGGCGGCGGCCCCGGCCAAGAAGGCUGCAGAGAGCAGCUCCGACAGCUCCUCUGAGGAGGAGGAAGAGGCGGCCAAGCCCGCGGCCAAGUCACCUGCAGCCAAGUCACCUGCAGUGGCCAAGCCAGCUGCGGCCCCGGCCAAGAAGGCUGCAGAGAGCAGCUCCGACAGCUCGGAGGAGGAGGAGGAGGCGGCGGCGGCGGUCAAGCCUGCAGCAAAGUCAUCUGCUGCUAAGUCACCUGUGGCCAAGCCAGCCCCUGUGAAGAAGGCAGCAGAGAGCAGCUCCGACUCCUCUGAUUCUGAGACGGAGGCCCCGGCCAAGGCCACCCCGGCCAAGGCCACCCCGGCCAAGGCCACCCCGGCCAAGGCCACCCCGGCCAAGGCCACCCCGGCCAAGGCCACCCCGGCCAAGGCCACCCCGGCCAAGGCCACCCCGGCCAAGGCAGCAGCCAAGCCCAAGGAGUCUUCCUCCAGCGACAGCAGCUCCGAGGAAGAGGCGGCCCCCGCUAAGGCCACCCCGGCCAAGACCACCCCCGCUAAGGCCACCCCCGCUAAGGCCACCCCGGCCAAGGCAGCAGCCAAGGCCAAGUCGUCCUCCAGCGACAGCAGCUCCGAAGACGAGGCACCGCCGGCCAAGAGCACCCCGGCUGUCACUCCCAAGAGCACCCCGGCUGUCACCCCCAAGAGCACCCCGAAAGCCAAGGCUAAAGCCGCCAGCAGCUCCGAAGACAGUUCCUCAGACGAGGAGGCGGCGGCGGCGCCCAAGGCAGCCACGGCCCCCAGUACACCGGUCACAAACGGAAUAAACGGUAAGAGUAAAGCAGAUGACUCUUCUGAGAGUGAGGAGGAGGAGGAAGAAAAGACCCCCAAAACAAAGAAGGUCAUAACGACGCCACAAACUUUCCCCAAAGUCCACGCAAAGAAUGUGCCUUUCCGUAGAAUAAGAGAGGAAGAGAUUGAGGUGGAUCACAGACUGGCCAACAACUCGUUUGACGCCAAGCGCGGCUCAAAUGGAGACUGGGGCCAGAAGGCCAACGACGUCCUGAGGUACACAAAGGGAAAGUCCUUCAAACACGAAAAGACCAAGAAGAAGCGCGGCAGCUACUGCGGCGGGGCCAUCUCCACAGGCAUCAACUCCAUCCGCUUUGACAGUGACUGAGGAGGUCCCCCCGCUCAACCGUCCAACCACACCUGAACUGUUUACCCCCCCCCCCCCCCACUAGAGUGAAUCCCCAUCAUGGCAGGACUUGAAAUAUCCGAACCGAGGAUUAUGA